GGAAGGCAUUGCAUACCUGCUUUACCUACUUUAUCUCAUGUAACUCUUAAUGCUACCUGAGAUGGGAAUUAUUAUCAUCUCCAUUUUAUACAGUAAGUCAUGGCAGAGGUUGGCCAUGAGAACCAUGAAAGAAAAUGAGAACGGUUCUAUAUAAAUCAGGGACUGUGGGAUAGAGAAGAGAUAAGAGUUUGGAGUAUUAGACAGGAAGAUAUAGCCCUUCAUCUAAGAACUAAUGGGCCUCCUAAGUGGUGAGUCAAAAACCUAAUGAACACCAAAAACACUUCUGAGAUCCUAUUUUGUCUGAAGGAUCAUGAUUUAGAUGGAAUCUGCCUUGUCAAGUAUAAUCCACUGCAGAAACCAUGUCCUUUGGUUUAUCAUUGUCCACCCAGAUUCUGGCACUCUGCCUGGCAGAAAAUGGGUGCUCAGACUGUAUUUGUUGAGAGAAUUUUAACCUCACAUUAAAAAUUCAUUGAAACCGGGGGCAAUUCAUUCUGUUCCCCCUCCCCCACAACACACUUCAAUUUCCCUAUUUUUAUAUUAGACCAAGCAGAACCUCAAUAACUCAUUAUAUGCUAAGUUGAUUAGGUUGUUAUCCAGGAAAAUUAAUUACCUAGAGCAAAGGUAGGGAUACUUUAGUAGGUGGGCACUCUCUAUUUUGAUGCGUUUAAUCCCAUCACAUUUAGCAGUCUAUGUAUAAAAGGGCAGAAAACUGGUUUCAUUUUCCUUCAGGCAGGUUCUUUCAUUAUCUAAAGACAUUGGAGUUCUUGACAUGGAGACGCUCCCGUAGGAAUGUCCCCGCCCGGGACUCCGCCCUUAAAAUCAGAGGACUAGUCCCCUCUCCUUGAAUGCGCUUGGCAAGCCCUGCCCCCCAAAAGGGAGGAGGUAGAGAAAGGCUACGUUCACAACUCGCACGUCUGGCCAGUACAGAUUGGCAAGUGCUACAGGCGCGCAGACCUCUGUCAUUUAUUUAUUUUCCUUUCCACUGGGUGCGCUGUCCCUUUAAAUGGGGACGCUGGUGCUGGCUCGCUAACACUGGAGCCGGCAGCUUGUUGAUUUCAGAGCUGGUGAAUUUCACAUUGUUUCCACUUCACUUUCCUAGCUCCUGGGGAGGCUCCGGUUGGCUCUACAGCCACUGUCGCCGCUGCCAGCGAGGACCAUAGUUGGGCAAGGACCCGCAGCACCGCGGCCGGCGUGGGGCCGCAGGAAAGGGUGCCGGGGCCACACACGCACCCCCGCCGCAGUCCAGGUCCUCCUGACGCCGGGACGCCCGGAGCGCACCGAGCCAGGACCGCCAGUCUAGACGCCCGCCAGCCAGCCCGCCCACGAUCCGGGGCCACAGCCCGGGAGCCGGCGGAGGGAGGAGGCCCAGGGGGGCGGGGUGGGCGGCGGGGGAGGGUGCCGCCGCCGCCGCGGAGCUGCUCCUCGGCGCGUUUUGCAUGAAGAUGGCGGCUCCCACCGCCAGUAAGGCAGCGUCCCUGGGCUGUAACAACAAGCCUCCGUUCCCGGAGCUGGAUUUCAGGUCCGGAGCUCGGGUGGAGGAAUUGAACAAACUCAUCCAAGAAUUCACGAAGCACGACCAGCGGGAAUACGACGACCAGAGAGCGCUGGAGAUUCACACAGCCAAGGAUUUCAUCUUUUCCAUGCUGGGAAUGGUGCAAAAGCUGGACCAAAAACUUCCAGUGGCCAAUGAGUACCUGUUGCUCUCUGGAGGAGUCCGGGAAGGUGUGGUGGACCUGGAUUUAGAUGAGCUUAAUGUCUACGCCCGGGGCACAGACUAUGAUAUGGACUUUACUCUUCUGGUGCCAGCCCUUAAGCUGCAUGACCGUAAUCAGCCUGUGACACUUGAUAUGCGCCACUCAGCCUUGUGCCAUUCUUGGCUGAGCCUUCGGCUUUUUGAUGAGGGGACGAUCAGCAAAUGGAAAGACUGCUGCACCAUUGUAGAUCACAUCAAUGGUGCCACCAACUACUUCUUCUCCCCAACCAAAGUAGCUGACUGGUUCUAUGACUCCAUCAGCAUUGUCCUAUCAGAGAUACAGAAGAAACCCCAGCGAGGGAUGCCAAAGGUGGAAAAGGUAGAAAAGAAUGGGACCAUCAUCUCCAUAAUUCUGGGUGUGGGGAGCAGCCGCAUGUUGUAUGAUAUCGUCCCUGUGGUAUCUUUCAAAGGUUGGCCUGCAGUGGCCCAGAGUUGGCUCAUGGAGAACCACUUUUGGGAUGGGAAGAUCACUGAGGAAGAGGUCAUCAGUGGGUUUUACCUGGUGCCUGCUUGCUCCUACAAGGGUAAGAAGGAUAAUGAAUGGCGUCUGUCCUUUGCCAGGAGUGAGGUGCAGUUGAAGAAGUGCAUCUCUAGCAGCCUCAUGCAGGCCUACCAGGCCUGCAAAGCCAUCAUCAUUAAACUCCUCUCCCGGCCCAAAGCUAUCAGCCCCUAUCACCUCAGGAGCAUGAUGCUCUGGGCCUGUGACAGACUUCCUGCCAACUACUUGGCCCAAGAAGACUAUGCAGCCCACUUCUUGCUGGGCCUCAUCGAUGACCUGCAACACUGUCUGGUCAACAAGAUGUGCCCCAAUUAUUUCAUCCCCCAGUGCAACAUGCUGGAGCACCUGUCAGAGGAGACAGUCAUGCUCCACGCGCGGAAGCUCUCCUCCGUUCGCUCAGACCCGGCAGAGCACUUGCGCACCACCAUUGAGCACGUCAAGGCAGCCAACCGGCUGACACUGGAGCUCCAGAGGCGAGGCAGCACCACCAGCAUCCCUUCUCCGCAGUCCGACGGUGGUGACCCCAACCAGCCUGACGACCGUUUGGCCAAAAAACUGCAGCAGCUAGUGACUGAGAACCCGGGAAAGUCCAUCUCUGUCUUUAUUAACCCUGAUGAUGUCACAAGGCCCCAUUUCAGAAUCGAUGACAAAUUUUUCUGAGCACUGUGCUGCCUUUUUUUCUUUCUCUUGGUUCUAAAACUCUCGUAAGGUGUAGUGUGGUUUGUGAUGCCGUCUUUCUGUUUUUUACAUAUCCAGCCGAGAUUGGAUCUAUUAAGAACACAUUUUAAGCUUCCUGGUUCUGCAGGACGGUGCGGGCUCUGAAACAGUAUAUUACUAUUUCAUAUUCUGCCUCUGAUUUUGUUAUUUACUUUUGUAGUUAUUGUCACCUUGUUUGUUUUUGGUUUUGGGAUUUUAAGAACUUGAGCCAUAGAUGAAAAUGCCCAUGAAUUCUCUUGCUUUUGCCUGUUUCAUACUUUGUGCAAAUUUGUUUAUGGGGAUGGGAAACAAAUUUCUUUCUGACAUUUCAGGAUUCUAUUAUUGUUUUGUUUUGUUUUGCGUCUUUAUUUUUUAAUGUGCUUCCAUCCCUGCAGAUAUUUGAGAGUCAUCUGAACCUGGGAACUUCCUGGCACAUUAGGUGGAUUUAUUGCUUCUCACCAGUGGCCAGAAUAGUCUCCCCCUUUCCACCAAACAAUGUAGACUUUGAAAGUGAUAAUGCUACAAAUUGUGUUUUGGAGCAAUUUCAUUGAAUGUAACUGUCCUCAACUCAGAACUCUGGAUGGUUUGGAAGCUGUGUGGAACAACUUUCCAAACAGAACUAAGGUUUCCAAAUGGUAGUUUUAGAGUGUGUAAUUAUUUGAAGCCUUAUUUAAAUCCUACUAAAGAACACACCAUUAUAAUUGUUAUUUGCACUGAUGAAAUCUUUGCCACCAUCAGAGUCCCAGUGUGUGUGUGUCAAUAUAAAUUGACAUUCACUGUUGCAAUGCUAUCAUUUUUUCAUUUAGCCCAUUUCUCUCAAUCAAUAGAAUUUCUUUGCAUUUGUUUAGUUCUCAUUUAAUUGUGGGGUCCUGUUUUGCCCCCUUUGAUAUUCCUGGUUCCUGUCACUGAGGGAAAUUUUUAAAGCUUUAUACCUGCUAAUGACUUUAUCUGAAGCUGGGGAAACAUACUUGAUAGAUAGGUUGUCAUUGCAUGUAUUGCUUUUGGGCUAUAGAGAUAAGGUAUUCUGGUAAAGUCUCUUGGCUCCUACUGACAGUUUUAAGGAAAAGUAGCAGGAAGAACUGAUAGUCCCCAAGUAGAAGUUACCAUGUCUGUUUAAAAGCAGGUUUUGCCAUGGAGCAGGAACCAGGACAUAUCUGUGGGGGUAGCCGUGGUGGAGAGGCGUCCUGUCUUCAUAAAUGAAAUUACUUGCCAGUUUUAGGUGCCACAAGGCUGUGGCUCCCAGUUUUGGUGUGGACUCACGGUGAACUAUGCUGUUGGGGAGGCCGGGGGUCUGCUGGUCUCUCAAAGGAUGACCAUGGUGUCUGCUGUUGGAAAAGCCAAGCAACAUUUUGGAUUUGAUCUUGACUAUCCAGACUUACAGGUUGGGUUUUGGCUGAUUGAAAUCAGGCAUAUGUGGUCUUGGGUUUUUGCAUGGGAAUUAGUGUAAUGCUUAUAAAUGGAAAUGAAAUCCUAACCAUCUUAAGUCAAACACAAAAAUAAUAAAAGAAACAUACUGGCCAUGAAA